CGCCGCUCUUCGCACAUCUCACCUCAAACACACUCCCAGCUCGCACCCCGCCGCACUUGAUGGCCAUGUCGGACAACGAGGCUCCCGCCGCACCCAAGCCCGAGGGCGCCGACCAGCUCAACAUCAAGGUCAAGGACGGCGACGGCAACGAGGUCUUCUUCAAGGUCAAGAAGAGCACGCGCCUCGGCAAGCUGCGCAAGGCGUACGCCGAGCGCAUGGGCAAGCCCGAGAACACCGUGCGCUUCCUCUACGACGGCACGCGCGUCAACGACGACGACACGGCCGAGAGUCUCGAGAUCGAGGACCAAGACGAGAUCGACGCCAUGGUCGAGCAGCUGGGCGGCGUCCGUGCCUAAGCGCUCUGCGCAACGCCAUCUCGCCCGGGCCGCUCCUCGCACAAGGUCCGGUCUCGGCGCAGGCGAGAUCCACAGCGCUCGUGCGCUUCGCUGCGCCUCACACAUCGCCAAUGCAUGCUCACGAGGUAGUCGCAUCGUGCGCCGGGCAGCAAGGCCUCAAAACAUCAAUGCGCCGCCUCAUCGUCACGCCAGCUCCUGCGUCUCGGUCUCUCUCCCGCCUCACUCGCCGUACUACACAUCCGCGUGCUGCCUCGCUCGCGCGAGCCAGCACCCGUCCAUUCCCA